AUGUCCGAAGAAAUUGGACCGCAAGUUCCUCCAAAUCUACUUUCAAAAUUUCAAGGAGAUAGCGAUACUUCAGAAUCAACUCUUAAUCAAAAAUUGGAUGCGAGUGAACCAAACCAUGAUCCUGAAAAACGUAAUAGCCAGUACAAUGCUCAGAUUGGUCCUCAGAUACCUUUAUCAACAGAAAUGGACGAAGCCGAAGAAGAUCUAGAUGCUUACUUACCUGCUUUGCCGCCUGAUCUUCUUGCGGAACGACAGAGAAAAAAAGCCGCUAAACUAGAACAAAAUGUUGACUCUCAACGUAAAGGCGCUGCUAAUCCCAGAAGACGUCCGAUUGGUCCUACUUUACCACAUCCUACUGAAUAUUCAAAUUUCGAUGAAGAGGAUGUUGUUAUUGGCCCAAUAUUACCUAAAGAUUUUGAGGAAAACAAAGACGAUCUUAUAUUACAACAAACCAUUCAAGAAUUUGAAGAAAGAGCUGAAAAGAUGCGUCAAACAUUAGAGCCUGACGAUAAAACUGACAAACCAUUACAACGAGGAGAAUGGAUGCUCGUGCCACCAGAAUCAAAGUUUUUAGGAGAAACACCAACCAACAUGCGUUCUCGUAGUUUUAAACAAAAAACUCAUGAUCCAGAAAAAAUUGAUAAUUCACUUUGGACGGAAACUCCUGCUGAUAGGCAGAUAAGAUUACAAAAACAAAGUACUAGUCAAAAGCGUAAACAUGAAAAAGAAAAAGAUGAUGAGCCAAUAAAGUAUUCACGUACUGAUAUAGAGAAAGCUGAAGCCGUCAAAGCAUAUAAUGAAUUACAUCGAUCAAAAUCACUUUUAGAGACUCAUUCUGAAGGCUAUACCAAAUCACGUAAAUGGAAAGAUGAUGAUGUUAGCCAACGUCCAUUUGAUCGUGAGAAAGAUGUCUUGGGUUCACGUCGUAUGGAUUCACGUAAACGCAAAGAGUUUUUAGAAAAUGCAAGAGGAUUGAACUCCAAGUUUGGACAUGGGAAAGGCGGUGUAUUCUUGUAA